GGGUUAUAUGGCAAGAGGGCGGCGGGGCAGGAGUCAGUGUGCGCGUGAGCCUCAAAGUGGAAGGUGGUUUGUUGUCAGCCGCUGCAAGACACUGAUGAAAUGGCUGGGUCACGCAUACUCAACUGGUCGUCGCCUCGGUCACUGCUGCUGCUGCUGGUGCUUGGGCUGACCUGCGGGAUCGGGAGCGGCUUGGAAGGCCGUCAACACUGGUGGAACGUUGCCAAGAGGGAGCUGCGAGAUGCCCUGAACAAUCGAGACAACUGGAAUGUGGCUAAGAAUGUAAUCAUGUUCCUGGGAGACGGCAUGGGGAUUACUACUAACACUGCAGCGAGGAUCUUCAAAGGACAGAAACUAGGGAUGAAUGGUGAAGAAGGGUAUCUGUCGUGGGAGCGCUUUCCUAAUGUUGCUCUAAUGAAAACAUACAACGAGGACAAGCAAGUGCCGGACAGCGCCGCCACCGCCACCGCCUACCUCUGCGGCGUGAAGACUAACUUCUUCACCCUCGGCGUCGAUUCCUCCGUGAAGCUGAACGACUGCCCAGCCAGCAAGAAUAAGGCCACGCACACACCCUCCAUCCUGCAGUGGGCGCAGGAGGCGGGAAAGGAUACAGGAAUUGUGACCACCACUCGUAUCACCCACGCCACGCCCGCUGCCACCUACGCUCACGUGGCUCACCGUAACUGGGAGUGUGAUUCUGAAGUGAAGGGAUCCUGUACAGACAUUGCCCACCAGCUGGUCCACGAUAACCCAGGCAAGAAUGUGAAGGUGAUCCUGGGCGGGGGGCGGCAGCCGAUGGGGGUGAAGUCUAGCGUAGUGGAUACCAUGACCUGCCAGCGUAAUGACAGCCGUGACCUGACGAAGGAGUGGCUGCGCUCUAAGAUGGUGAAGGGACACAAGGCACGAUACGUCACCACCGCGAGGGCUUUGGCGCAGGUUGAUACUGAGAAGACUGACUAUCUGCUGGGCCUCUUCGCGGAGUCACACUUGCCCUUCGAGGUUGACCGCCGCCCUGGGUCUAUUGGCACGCCCUCCCUCAAGGACAUGACCGUAAAGGCGCUGCGCUUCCUCAAGAAAAGUGAAGAUGGCUUUUUCCUUCUGGUGGAGGGCGGCAGGAUUGACCACGCCCUUCACGACAACCUCGCUCACCGUGCCUUCGAGGAGGUGGUGGCCAUGGACGCAGCCGUGACAGCAGCACUCAAGGAAGUGGACUUAGAGGAGACGCUGAUAGUGGUGACAGCUGACCAUUCCCACGUGAUGACAAUAAAUGGCUACCCUACACGAGGCAACGAUAUUCUAGGGUUGGUUAACGAGAAGGGAAUGGUGGAUAACUUGCCCUACACCACACUGAUGUUCACCAAUGGUCCGGGAUACAACUACUCGGUGAUUAACAACACGGUGGUGCGUCAUGACCCAUCAACAGUGGACACAACGGACGUGGAUUACCGAUACCAGGCCGCUGUACCUAUGCCGCCCAUCAAGGAGACCCACGGAGGAGAGGACGUGGGUUUAUGGGCCAUAGGCCCGAUGUCACACCUCUUCCACCGCACACACGAACAGCACUACAUUGCCCACGCCAUGGCAUACGCAGCCUGCAUCGGUCCCAGCCUGGAUGAUUGCAAGCGCCCCUCUCACAGCACCUCCUCCUCUGGCCGCUCCCUCCGCCACUACUACGAGGAUUUGGCUAUUGGCAGGCCCCGCAAGAGAGCUCAGGACACGAAGGUUACCCACACUGAGGUCUUCAAGUCACCAGUAGAUGGCCCAGAGCAGUCAACCAAAGCUACUUCAGAACCUGUGGAGAAUCCCAAGUUCCCAACACUGUCCCCGGUUCUACAGCAGCUCCUGGACAGCAACAAGGAGAAGAUCCUGACAUCGGAUGGACCUCAGUCAGUCAACAGCUUCAGUAACGCAGCGAACGUGGAGCAGCUGCUGGGGAGAAGUGUGGCCAGUCUUCGGGGUGUCUAGACCUCCCUUCGAUACCCGCACACUCGCUAAUCAAACCCCAUUCUGAAAACACUUCGCUGUCUCUCCGUAACUAUUAGGUGAUUGAGAUGAGCCAGUUUCUUAAGAGUCUUUUUCCUGUUAAUAAUGUAAAAAAGUCUUGCUAUUCUUUCUCUAGAACCAUAAACAGUCCCUUAGCCCCUUCAGUACUGAGACACAUUUUUACCAUGAUUUUUGGGUAUGGUUAGACGAUU